GUUGCUCCGUUUCUCGUUCCUAUCAUGACUUUGCUACUAGAGAUGUAUCAAACUCACAUUCAUCUCCAGUUUCAAACAACAUUCUUCCUACCGACACCUCUAAUUCACCAUCCACCUCUUUGUAAAGGGGACACCAAUCACUUAGUUUCACUCACUUCCUCUACCUAUGGAUCACUUGAUCAUCGAGUUCUAGACAACCCCACCACAUCUCCUGAUGCAACAAUCAACACUUGGGAGCUAAUGGAAGGCCUAGAUGACAUAGAUUUUUGUAUGGUUCCGUCCCCUGUAUAUGAUAUUCAGAAAGAAUUGGUGAAGUCUAAUGAGCAUCCGAGUACGAAGCCAUUAUGGAAGCAUUUGUCUGAGGAAUCAUUGUUGGUGAAAAUGGAUCCUAAUGUAACUUUAAGUUAUAGAAAAGCAUUGUAUUCUUCCAACCAAUAUAGGCAUGAUCAGGGUUUGAGCUCAUUUUCGCGUAAUACUGAUCAUAUCUACUUAAAAGGUACUGAAGAUAAGGUGGUUGUGUAUUUUACUAGUCUAAGGGGAAUCAGGAAGACUUAUGAAGAUUGUUGUUCCGUGCAUAUGAUCUUUAAAGGGGUUCGUGUAUGUGUAGAUGAAAGGGAUAUCUCUAUGGAUUCAUCGUAUAGAAAAGAGUUACAAGAUGCUUUACAAGGUAAAACACUGAGCUUGCCUCAGGUGUUUAUAAGAGGGAAGUACAUUGGUGGUUUAGAAGAGAUUACAUAACUUCAUGACACCAGAGAAUUGGCUAAGCUUUUAGAAGGGUUUGCGUUUAUGAAUGAUGGAUUCACUUGUGAAAGUUGUGGUGAGGUGAGGUUUGUAUCGUGUCCUAGUUGCAAUGGGAGCCAGAAAUUUUUCAAAGAGGAGGAAGGGAAGUCGAUGAGGUGUCCACAUUGCAACGAAAAUGGAUUGAUUCGUUGCCCCGAGUGCUGCCCUUGAAUGCAGCUAGCUCUGGGAUUCAUAACUUAUGGUUCUAUGUUCUUUUGUUAUUACUAGUAUAUUUGUAUAUGAUAUCUGUAGGUACAAAAGCAUAUUGCAUACAAUU